ACAUAUAGAAAGCAGCUGUUUUCAGCGAUUCUCCUGCUGACUGUCUAUAUAAAUAUUUUAAAACCUUUUGUAGUCUUCAUAUUCUUGUUUCUCAUGUUUCUCUUUGUGAUUUUGUUAGAUAUUCAUGCAGUGCUUGCUGUAGGUUUUACUUCUACAUAUACAAUUUGUGCAUAUACUUUAUGCACAAUGUGCAUGAUCUGAACACACAGUAUGUGCAUUUUUGUCUGUACCUGAAGCUAUGAGAUUUCGGAGGAAGGUUUUCAUUUCCUGUCCUCCCAGCUCUGUUUAAGUCAUUAGCCAUGAGGAGAAUUUGAGAGAGGGAUUUCUGUUUUUUAGAUGUUAUGUUUUGUAGACUGAGACUAUUAACUCUGACACCAUGGAAAAUUCUCAGGAGAAAAGAUUAGCAAAUAUUUUGGUGUAGUAGUUUUGUGUGAUUUCUUGCAUUUGCAAGUAACUCAUAGUCUUCCAGUUCUUUGCUCUUCUUGUUGAUCAAAGUGAUUUUUGCACAGUUGUUGCAGCCUUUAUAAUAACAUUUGUAGACAGUGAAACUGUAUACAGAAGUAUGCUAAUCGGCCACUUUAUAAGAACUGCUCAUUGAUGCAAAUAUUUAAUCUAUGUGCCUACAUGUGCAGAGUUGGCAGCAUUUAGACAUGUAGACUUGGUCAAGAUGACCUGCUAAAAUUCAAACUGAGCAUUAGAAUACAUACACCAGUUAGUUUACAUCAGAAUGAAAUUUCAAUGCAUUUACUCGCCAUCACAUUGCACAAUCUCAAUAAUAAAUUAAUCUAAAGGUAUAAAAUAUAAAAAUAUAAUCUAGGAUAUGUGCACAUAAUAAUAUAAGAGAAAUGAGUCCAUAUACAUUAUUAUUGGUAAAACUUUACAGAAUAUUAACAAUGGAGCAGAAAACCAGAGUAAAUCAUUAUUCCAGGCUGUCAUGAUCCAAGCAGCCAGGAACACACAGGCACAAAUAUAAUCUUCAAAAAAUGGGUUUAUUAUACCCCCAAAAAGGACAAGAUGAUUACAAAAAUUCAAAAUAACAAAAAAUAAAGUUUUUAAGAACCAAGUGGGCCCAUAAAAGAGGUUAACUUAACAGACCGCUACUCAAAAAUCACUUUAAAAAACAUAACUCAACAAACUGACCUGCCCAAAUGAGAAACAGCUCCAGUUAUAUAGCAAAUGAAUAAACCAUUAUAUACACCAAAGGUGAAAACUAAAGAGAUAACAGAUAACCAUCAUUCAAGAAGAACCCCAUUCCCCCUGCAUGAUCACAAUAGAUGGUCCAGUCCACUUUAUUGGCUUCUGCAUUUAAACCAGCUCCACCCUCAGCCUCCUCUUUCAGCCAAACCAGGAAGGACUGGAGCAGAGAUGAGAUUAUGCAGCUGGACAGCUGUCCUCUCCGCGCUGCUGACAUCACUCCUGACCUUCAAAAGAAGUUUGCCUUCCUUUCAGGAGGAAGAGGAGAUAAUGGCAGCCCCAUCAUUGUGUUCCCAGAAUUCCCUGCAUUUGGGGAGAUCACAGACAAGGAGUUUCACAACGUGUUGACCUACCUGACAAGCGUCCCAAGCUUGUCGUCAACAGGCGUGGGGUUCAUCCUGGUGAUUGAUCGCCGGCAAGACCGAUGGGCAGCUGUAAAGGGGACCCUGCUUCGUAUUGCAGGCUCCUUCCCAGGGAACCUCCAGCUGGUUCUGGUUCUGAGGCCCACUACCCUUCUCCAACGCACACUCUCCGACAUCCUCUUCAAGUUCAACAAGGAUGAGUUCAAGAUGAAGGUGCCGGUGAUUAUGUUGAGCUCUAUAACUGAGCUGCACUCUUAUAUUGAUCGCACCCAACUGACCCAGGAGCUCGGGGGAACACAGGAGUACUGCCAUGAGAAGUGGAUCUCUCACCGCACAGCUAUUGAAGGCUUUGCACUGAUGGUAAAGAAAACUGCACAGACUCUGCAGUCAUUUGGGACUGAGCUGGCAGAAACUGAACUCCCAAAUGAAAUACAGGCCACAACCAUCCUUCUGAGCACACACACCAGCAAGAAAGAAAGAAUGAAGGAGGAUAUACUGGUGGCUCUGGGUCAGGGCAGCAGGCUGUUGGAGAGCAUCAAUGAGCCUGUAGUGCGAGACCCUGACCACAACAUGAACCAGGAUGAACUGGAGAAUCUGGCUACAGUUCAAAGAUUGCUGUCUCAGCUGGAUGAGACAGAACGAGCUUUUGAUGAGUUCUGGGUGAGACAUCAAACCAAACUAGAGCAGUGUCUUCAACUGCGCCACUUUGAGCAUAACUACCGAGAGGUGAGGGCUCUGCUGGAUCAGGUGUCUGAGAAACUUGCAACCUUCUCUGAGGUUGGGAUCAGUCCAGCCCAUGCUGACCACAUCUUCAUUGAGCUCACGACCUAUGAGGAGAAAGUCUGUGAGGUUCUGGUCAGAACUGCAGCCUUGUCCCAGGAGGGUGAUGAACUGAUCCAGAAGUCCCACUACGCUGAGGACUCCAUUCAGCCCAAAUGCAGUGAGCUUAGAACAAUCAGUGAAACUGUGAACAACAAUCUGAGAGCCAAGAAGGACCAUCUCCUCAAAGCCAGGGAGCUACACCACCGGCUGGAGCGGGCAUCAAAGUGGGUUGAUGAUGGCAUAUACCUGCUGGCUUCUCAGCCGGUUGAUAAAUGUCAGUCACAUGAGGGCGCAGAGUUGGCCCUGCAGGAGCUGGAACGUUACCUGGAUAAUGCAGGCGAGAAUCAGCUGACAGACCUCAGCACCAUCUGGAAAGACUACGAGGCCGUGCUGAACCAGCAGUUGAGGGACCAAGUGGAGAAAGUUUUCCAGAAGCAGGCGUCCAUGCAGGAGAUGUUUGACAAGAGGAGAGUCAGCCUCAAGAAGCUAGCAGCUAAACAAACCAGGCCUGUGCAGCCAGUAGCCCCGAGACCCGAAGCCUUCAUCAAAUCCCCUCUCAGCUCACCUGCCCGCAGAGCAAAGCUGGAGAAGAAAUGCUCAGAGACAGACUCUGGCAACUGUGAAAAAGGAAAUGGCCAACUGAAGAACGAAUACAGUAGCAGCAGACAUACCUCUCUGUCAGAGGAGGAGGAGAACCUGGCAGUGCUCAGGCGACAUGUUAUGAACGAGCUGCUGGAAACUGAGAGGGCUUACGUGGAGGAGCUGCUCUGUGUCUUACAGGGAUACGCCUCUGAGAUGGAUAAUCCAGCAAUGUCUCACCUUAUCCCUGCGCCUUUGCAGAACAAAAAGGAGGUUUUGUUUGGCAACAUGCCGGAAAUUUACCACUUUCACAAAAGAACUUUUCUGAGGGAGUUGGAGCAGUACACAGACUGCCCAGAGUUGGUUGGUAGAUGCUUCUUAGAGAGGAUGACAGACCUGCAGAUCUAUGAGAAGUACUGUCACAACAAACCUCGCUCUGAGAGCCUGUGGAGGCAGUGCUCAGACUGCGCCUUCUUCCAGGAAUGCCAGAAAAAGCUGGAGCAUAAACUGGGUUUAGAUUCAUAUCUCCUGAAGCCGGUUCAGAGGAUUACCAAGUACCAGCUGCUACUGAAGGAAAUGCUGAAGUACAGUAAGGGCUGUGAAGGGGCUGACGACCUGCAGGAUGCGCUGACCUCCAUCGUGGGGAUCCUCAAGGCUGUCAAUGACUCCAUGCACCUUAUCGCCAUUACAGGAUUUGAGGGUAAUCUGAGUGAGCUGGGUAAACUGCUUAUGCAAGGGUCAUUCAGUGUGUGGACCGAGCACAAGAAAGGCCAUGCCAAGGUUAAGGAUCUGGCCCGUUUCAAGCCCAUGCAGAGACACCUCUUCCUCCACGAGAAGGCCCUGCUCUUCUGCAAGAGGAGAGAGGAGAACGGGGAAGGUUAUGAGAAAGCUCCUUCAUACAGCUUCAAGCAGUCCUUGAAUAUGAGAGCCGUGGGCAUCACUGAGAAUGCAAAAGGAGACAACAAAAAGUUUGAAAUUUGGUGCAACUCCAGAGAAGAAGUCUAUAUUGUUCAGGCACCAACGGCUGAUGUCAAAACCACUUGGGUAAAUGAGAUCAGGAAGGUCCUGACGACCCAGCUGGAGGAAUGCAGAGAAGCAAGCCAGCAGAGGGCACCAGAUCAGGCCACCCAUGCUCCACCUGUUCCCACUGGAACCGUAAGUCUCAGCCCAUUCAAGACAGGCCAGAAGAGCAUUAAAAAGGGAGAAGAGAAGAAAGCUGAGUCCUGCAGUCCUGAUGUCAAUUCCUCCUCUUCUGUAAAGGCUGCAGGGAAAGAUGAGGGUGUGACAAGCCCGACCUCAGACAGAGCUGCUGUGGCUAAAAAGCGCUUUACUUUACAGGGCUUCAGUAACCUCAAAGCUCAGAAAGAGCCCUCAAGUACUGAUGACAAAAGUUUUACAUUACCCAUGACAGUCUUCCCAUCAUCAGGAUCUCCCACCAGCCCAGAUCACAAGACGAAACGCCAGAGUGAUCCCACACCAUUUGGCUUUAAAGAUGCAGGUCCUCCAGCCCUCCACCUGACCAGAGCCAGGUGGUUCAGCACCUCUAGUCUCUUACAGACAAAGUGGAGAGGCUGGAAUAAAGCCUCCCUGUCACUCGAUGCCUCAGGGGAACAUGAUGGCUACUCCAGCGCUGAAGAUCCUCUUAACUCUGACCCAGAAGACGAAAAUGGCAAGAAGCUGGUGAGUCACUGUGUAUGACUAACAGAUAGCAGG